UAUUACCGUACGAAAAAUAGAAAACCAGAAGAAUUAAUAUGGGCCUGGGGUUCAAGAUGUGCCCUUGAUCACGGUGACCUUUUCUGAUGCCGGAAAAGGAUCUAUUGAGAAGCAACACCAUCAUAAGUUUCUCCAAUUCCGAAUCGCCUACUAGGAUAUUGGGUCAAGGUCCGGGUUCGGAUUCUGUUUCGUCUUCUUCGGCAGAACCAAAAGAGCAUAAACCAUCUUGUGCUUCUGCAACAGGCUUCUGGGCACCUGCUUUCUCUAUCUUCGGCACUCUUUCAGGCGAGCACUCAAAAGGGUGUCCGUGGAAGGGAAAUUGGAGCUUGAAGAAUGAUAUUUAUGCUAAUGGCUGGACAGCAAGUUUGAGGAGAGCAGUCAGCGGUAGCUCAAUGAGGAGAUAUUUGGGCUUCAACAAAACUGGGAUUCCAUCCGGGUCCAAGGGUGAUAUUUGGCUUCUGGGAAGUUGCUAUAGAGUAGCUGAGAAUAGUGAUCUGUCAAUUGAUCCGACCCAGAGCGAGGGAUAUGCUUCUUUUGUAGAAGAUUUCUCGUCUAGAAUCUUUAUCACGUAUCGUAAAGGAUUUGCUCCCAUUGGAGAGUCCAAGUAUACUAGUGAUUCAGGUUGGGGCUGCAUGAUAAGAAGCAGUCAGAUGCUUGUUGCUCAGGCAUUGCUUUUUCAUCAAUUAGGGAGGUCAUGGAGGAAGUCCUUGGACAAGCCAUUUGAGCAAAAAUAUGCUGAGAUAUUAUGCCUUUUUGGUGAUUCUGAGGACUCAGCUUACUCAAUUCACAACCUUCUUGAAGCUGGAAAGGCUUAUGGUCUUUCUCCUGGUUCAUGGGUUGGCCCAUAUGCAAUGUGCCGGACAUGGGAAAUUAUGGCACGUUGUAAGAUAGACAACAUAGGAAAUGCUGACUUGCAUUCAAGGAUGACAAUAUUUGUUGUUUCUGGGGAUGAAGAUGGAGAAAGGGGUGGAGCACCUAUGCUUUGUACUGAUGAUAUUUUAAAACACUGCUAUGAAUUUUCAAAAGGCGAUUGUGAUUGGGCACCUAUCCUUUUGUUGGUCCCUUUGGUUUUAGGACUGGACAAGGUUAACCCAAGGUAUAUUCCUUUAUUAGGGGCUAUAUUCAGUUUCCCUCAAAGCCUAGGAAUCCUGGGUGGUAGACCUGGAGCAUCGACUUACAUUAUUGGUGUUCAGGAUGAUAAAGCAUUUUAUCUCGAUCCACAUGAAGCCCAGCAGGUUGUUGAUAUUAAGACAGAUACUAUGAACGCUGAUACUUCUUCUUACCAUUGCAAUGUUGUACGUCAUUUACCUCUUGAUUCUAUUGACCCAUCAUUGGCCAUUGGGUUCUUCUGCAAAGACAAAAGCGAUUUUGAUGAUUUCUGUUCACGGUCAUCUGAGCUAGCAGAGAAAUCAAACGGUGCCCCACUGUUUACAAUAGCCAAGACCCGGCAUUCAUCGAACUUAGUUGAAUAUCAAAACACAGAGGCAGAGGGAUUAGACGCAUUUGAUGCAAUUGCUGCUGAUGAGUCAGAGAAUAGUAAACAAGACGAUUGGCAACUCCUUUGAUCUAGGUGUAGUUGGUCCCUAGGGGAUUGAAAGUUGUGUGUAUAAAAUACGUUCUAUUCAAUCAUUUUUUCCUCAUGUGGCGGCCAACAAUCCUAUAAUGGUCUUUUGAUAAACACCCUCUGUCCCUAAAAUAGUCAUGUUUGUAAUAUUGUUUGUUAGUCUUACAAACCUGACUCUUUAAAGAAUCGAGGUAAUAUUUCAUUUGUUUAGCUUCCCAUGCGUUUCUAUUACAUUUCUUAUAUGUGGGACCCGUUCGGGCUAACUUUAGUAGAG